AUGGCUCAUCCAACACCUCCUCCAUUGUCCUCGCAUGGAGUUACCGAACCCAACACUACUCAAAUCACUUGGUCCUGCAUCCCAAUCUCGUUAGCCUACUGGGAGAAGCUCCAGCUCCUGUGCCACAGUGAGAAGGAGUUGAAAAGAGAGGGCUAUGUCAUCAAACCUCUCGAUGCGGCUCAGAUCAGAUCCAAGGCCAGAUGUAUGCGGUGUGGAAAACGAACAAAAGGUCGAGCGAAUUUAUACUCAAAACCAGUCUCGGUCUCUGCUGCCGACGCCGUCAACGAGCAUGAGAGGCCACAACAUCUGACCGGCGACGUCAACACUGAAGACGCAAUUGAUGAGGAAUCGUUGAGCCUAUCCCAUGGGGUACCCAACAAGAAGCAGGCUUCUGGCAAAUGCUCAUACCAUACAAGUUUCGUCCAAAACAAGGUUUUCACAUGCUGCGGCCAACAUAUGUCGACGGCGGGCUGCACCGUGGCCCCUGAGCACACCAUGCCUCGACCGGAUGAUCCAGUGCUGCAAGAAUACUGGCAAUACCAUCCCACGCCGCCCAUUAUUCCUCCAUCAUCUGGUACCCCAGAUCCCGGCAGGAACUCUGUCCCUUCCACUCGCGGAUCUCGAAAACGGGGCUCCAGCUGGGAUGGUCGACAACAACAGAGACAGCCUCCGUCGACAGGGCGCCAAAACAACAACCACCGCCAACACCAUGAAGUAUACCACAACCCGCACCGGUUUCACGCCAUCGCCCUCGACUGCGAAAUGGGCGUCGCCGCCAACGGGGACAUGGAGCUUAUCCGGCUGACGGUGGUGGACUUCUUCAGCGGGGCGGUGCUACUGGACAGCCUGGUGGCGCCGUCGGUGGCCAUGGCGCACUACAACACGCGGUUCUCGGGGGUGACGGCGCGCGACAUGCGCGAGGCCAUGAAGGCACGCACGGCCAUCUUCGGCCGCGACCGCGCCCGCGAGCUGCUCUUCCGCCUGGUCGGGCCCGACACCGUCGUCGUCGUGCACGGCGGCAGCGGCGACUUCUCGGCCCUGCGCUGGAUUCACCCCCGCAUCGUCGACACCUACAUCCUCGACGCCUACACGGGCGUCAAGGUCAACGGCGGCCGGAGUCUGCAGAACCUGUGCAAGGUCAGGUUGGGGAUUGCCGUGCAGGUCAGCGGUCCUCAAACCCGUGGUGGUGUUGUCGCGGCAGGGGCAGGAAGAGUGCAGAGUCAGGCCCACCAAACCCAUACCCACCCCAAGGGCAAGGGCACGGGCCACGAUAGCUACGAGGACGCCAUGGCCGCGAGAGAGUUGCUCGCAUACUGGGCCAGUCACAUUCCGGAUGAUUGA